AUGUGGGCCCUGCGGGCCGCCGUCAGGCCGGGGGCCUGGCUCUCUCGGGUGGUUCGCGGCCGCGGGGCUCCGAGAGCUGCGCCUCCGCUGCCGGCCUGCCCCCACCGCGCGCUCGCCGCCUUUGGCCCCGGGGACCUCAAGGGGCGAGGAGGUGGAGGACGGGGCCCACGGGCUGAUGGCCCGAGAAGCCGAACGGGAGAGGAGGAGGAGGAGCCAGAGGAUGCGGAGGAGGAAGAGGAGGAACUAUUGAGGAGGGACCCUUUGCUGCCAGUGGGGACCCAGCGUGUGUGCCUGAUUCACCCCGAGGUCAAGCGGGUACCGGGAAAGCCGCAGCUGACCCGAGCUGAGUGGCAGGUGGCGGAGGCAGAAGCACUGGUCCACACACUGGAUGGCUGGUCGGUGGCGGACAGGAUGGUGGUACCCACCAAAACACCAGAUGGGAAGCUCAUCUUCGGUAGAGGGACCUUAGAGCACCUGGCAGAGAAGAUCAGAGGGUCGCCAGAAAUCACAGCAGUCUUUCUGAAUGUAGAGAGGCUGGCCACGCCCACCAAGAAGGACCUGGAAGCCACCUGGGGCGUGCAGGUGUUCGACCGAUUCACGGUUGUCCUUCACAUUUUCCGCUGCAAUGCCCGGACCAGGGAAGCACGGCUGCAGGUGGCCCUGGCCGAGCUCCCCCUUCUCAGGUCCCACCUGAAAAGCAGCAUUGCCCGCCCGGAUGGACGAGGAGGGGGCUCGCGCUACAUCAUGGGGUCAGGAGAAUCUUUCAUGCAGGUGCAACAGCGCCUCUUGAAGGAAAAGGAGAUAAAGAUUCGGAAGGCCCUGGAGAGACUGAGGAAGAAAAGGCGUCUCCUGGGGAAGCAGCGGAGGCGGCAGGAGUUUCCUGUGAUCUCUGUGGUGGGAUACACAAACUGUGGAAAAACCACGCUGAUUAAGGCCCUGACAGGCGAUGAUGCUGUCCAGCCCCGGGAUCAGCUGUUUGCGACACUGGACGUCACAGCCCAUGCUGGGUGGCUGCCCUCCCGCAUGGCUGUCAUUUACAUGGACACCAUCGGCUUCCUCUCCGAGCUGCCCCACAGCCUGAUUGAGUCCUUCUCCGCUACCCUGGAAGACGUGGCUCAUUCAGAUCUGAUCGUCCACGUGAGAGACGUGAGCCACCCUGAGACGGAGCUGCAGAAAGCCAGCGUUCUGUCCACCCUGCACGGCCUACACCUGCCCGCCCCACUCCUGGACUCCGUGCUGGAAGUUCAUAACAAGGUGGACCUGGUGCCCGGGUAUAGCCCGGCGGGACCACAGGCCGUCACCGUGUCCGCUCUCCUGGGGCAUGGGCUCCCGGAGCUGAAAACCCGGCUGGAAGACGCCGUUCUGAGAGCCACGGGAAGACAGGUCCUCACUCUGCGGGUCCGGCUGGCAGGCACGCAGCUGAGCUGGCUGCAUCGGGAGGCCACGGUGCAGGAGGUGGACGUGAUUCCCGAGGCCGGCGUGGCCGACGUCAGGGUCGUCAUCAGCAGCUCUGCCUACGGCAAGUUCAGGAAGCUCUUCCCCGAGUGA